CAUAGUAACACUGCCACGCCAAGAUGGACGAAGCAACAGUGGAGCUCGGAGCCGAAAACAAACCAUGUGCUGGCAAGUCAAACGUGAAAUCAGCCAGCGACGGCGGCGGCGCUGACGGGCAUCAUGACACACGCGGAUUGUGGACUGACCUUUAAACACUGGGUAAUCUUCAAGACCCACCUGCAGAAGCAUAUCCUGAAUGAGAAGAAGGGAGACAGCAAGCAGCAACAGGAACCACGAGGAACUAUUUUCUGAGAGCGUCACUGAUGGAGAACCGAGUGAUGGUCCUGAUUUCAUAGAGACUCCAUCAAGUCCGUUUUGGGAGCCAUGCAGAGUCUGACCCAGAUGAUGAAGAGUGGUCCAAAACCAGCAGAGAUUGAGGCUGGGCAAAACCCGGUGACUACAGAAAGCAGAGAGCAGCCAUUGGACGGUGAGACUGGGGCCCAGCCAAUAGUGAGUGAGACCGAAGCACAAGUAGUGGACAAUAAGUCAGCUGUUUCCCUGGAGGGUGAAACCUUGAUCGCUCCAGAUGAGAAUGGGGAAGGGGCGCAAUUGCUGGGAGGUGAAACACUACAACUGUCCGGAAAUGUGGCAGACACUCAAGCACUGGAGAGCGAAGCCGCUGUCCCCUCACAUGACACCGGAGGGACGGCAGUGGACAGUACCUCAAAGCCCAGUGCCCCUACAGAACUGGUGCCUGAUGGGAAGCAGAAUCCUGAUUGUGCUGCAGAAGAGGCGAGGAAAGUGGAUAAAGUAGUUCCUGAGAACAGAAAAUAUAUUCCUUGUAAGAAGGACAGGUUGGAUCCUCUGAAGAUGGACAUGUCCAAGCCAGUGGUUAUGCCUCUCACAUCAUCUCAGCUAUCCCUGCAGUGCAUUGAGUGCCACAUAAUCUUCAGCGAUCACAAGAGCAAGGAACGUCACCUGAAGUUGAGCCACCCAGCAGAAUAUGAGCAGUGUAUACUGAGGAAUGCCCUUUUUGCCUGCUAUGUUUGUGACCGCCACUUCACAAACUCCACAGAACUCAUGGCCCACCAGAAAGCCCAUAUAGAGAAGAAACCCUUCAAGUGUCCCAUUUGCAGCCAGGCCUUCAACAAGUCAUCAGAGCUCACUCUUCAUAAAAAAAUUCAUUUUGGCCGGGAUGGUUAUGCCUGUGCGGACUGCGGCAAGCCUUGCAAAACACUAACCUUGCUUAAGUACCACCGCCGCACACACACCGGAGAGAGGCCAUAUGUGUGCAAGGAGUGUGGAAAGAGAUUCAGCAUGUCUAAGGCUCUCCAGAAACACAUGUUGUCGCACUCACCGGAGAAUGCUGAAGGGGAUGGGGGUGACACCUCUGCCACUGCUAAAGCACAACAGAAGAAAAACAAUGGCACUACAGUGAAAUAUCCCUGUUCUGUAUGCAAGGCCACCUUCAAGACUACCAAGACACGGCUGCAUCACAUGAAAACCAAGCACAAUUUAUUGCCCUCAGCAACUAGUAAUGCCAUUCAGCCUGGACAGCAAGUGAAAGAAGCUAUACCCAUUAUAACCCCAAUAUCAAUCUGCCAGCCAGCACUACUACAGAUGGAGCCCAUUGGACCUCUUCAACAAGUUGAUGCUAAUAUUGACACGGAACAGAUUCGCAAACUUAUUGAAUCUUUGGGAAAUGUGCAGAAAGUGAACCAGGUUGUCAUAUUGGGACAGGUGCCACCUAAUGCCUCACCACUGGAGUUGCAACAGAUAUCAGAGCCAGUUAAUCUGAAUCUCACUCCGCAGCAGAUGGAUAUUAUAGAAAUAAAACAGACAGAGUCUAAGACAGCAGAACUGGACAGUUCAAAGAACACUUGUGAGUCAAUGGAGCAAACAAUUAUACUGGAACCUAUAACGCCAGAUGGACAGUUGGAAAACCCUUCUUUUUCAGAACUGGGUUCCCAUUUAGCAGCAUCUGAAACUAUAGAGCUAACACUUGUUGAACCUGAGCAAACAGAGAGACAUGAGGGAGAGAUGAUGCAUCAGAUUCUUCAGCAACCUGAGACUGGUACAAAUCAGUCUGAUUCAGUGAAUCAGAUGGUUUGUCAGAGUGAGGUGGUUGACCUCAAGGAAAACCUUGAGCAAACAGUCAUAUUAGAAUUUACCUCUGCCUUGAUGCCUACUGUAGAGUUAGAAGAAACCCAACCCGUGCCACAAAGUGAAAUGCCAUCCUCCUCAUUAGUACCAAGCACUGAACUGGAGAAGAUAUCUCAUGAGACUGUAAUAGGCCAGCAGGAGGCUAACCUAUCUGUUCCACUGCUCCUGCCUACAGUUGAGUUGGAACUGACACCUUUACAGACAGAUCAGCAAGACCUUCCUGGUUGCCCUUUCAUCCCAGCAGAUGCAUUUACACAAACUCCAGACGAAUCUCAACCUAAUUCCAAAGCUGAGGCUGAUUCAGACAUACAAACAGUAAGUCUGAAUCACGUCCAUUCUUUGAGAGAUGAAACUCCAGUAGAAAAUGUGCAUGAGAGGACUGAACAAGAACCAUCUGAGAAUUUGCUGGUGGACAGCAGAGAGAGUCAAGAGCAGGUAGAAAAGUUGUCUGAAGAAGAUGACUCGCCUGCUAAAGAAGAGAUCUCACAAUCAGAGACCAAGCAGGUGCAGCAUACCUCACACUUACCCGUAAAUGUAAUGUCAGCCCAAGAACUGGUUAAAGUGCGAAAAAGAAAGCCAGCCAGGACAUUUAUUUUUCAAGAAAAUAUGCAAGAACUGCUGGGGACCACACAGAAGAAUAAUGAAGAAAUUGACGUGAUACCUGCUAAACGUCAAAGAACCAAAAAGUCCCACCUGGUUGUUAAAUUUGGUCCACAAAAUAAGGAGAAGAAAAACAAAAAAACAAAGCAUUCACAGCAGCAUCAUUCAGCCCAGGAAGAACAAUUAAAGUGCAAAUCAUCAACUACAAAUCUAUCAGGUGAAAAACUGCCAUCACCAAAAAAGGGAAGAACAGUUAAAAAAGGCAAGACCAAGGGGCAUUCAGUAUCUAGAGCAGAAAUAAAAGCUUCCUCAACCCAUAAUCCACAAGUGCCACAAAUAAAAGAGAAUAUAAGAAAAAACAAAAUGAAAAGGCAAAAAGAUGUGACCAGUGAUGGUGUCAAGCAUGUAAGUGAGCAAAAGAUUGUAGUUUCGCCAGUAUUUAAGAAGAAAAAACAGCCAAAAAUUAUGCAAAAAAGUCAGGCCAAGAAAAAGGAUGGAAAGUUAACAAGUAAGGAGAUGAAGAAAAAAUCAACAAAGGAGGAAAAAAUGAACACAGAAACAAGCACAGUAUCUGCAACCAUGCCAGGACAACAAAUAACACAAGACUCUCUACUUCUACUGAAGGGUCAUAAGCAGCCCCAAUUAAAAGUUUACAAACUUGAUCCUGCAAAGGCAUCAGCCCAGACACAGGAAACCGCCCACAAGUUACAAACAACUUCUCAACAGAGUGAUGAUGUCACACUUAAAAAGAGAAAAGUUACAAGUACAUCUGAAAACAAACUUACAACAAGAGGCAAGAAAAAAGGAGGGAGACCCAAGAAGAACCAGAAAGCCCUUUCAUUGUUGUCCUCUCUACGAGUACCCACCCCACCGCCUGAAACGAUGCCUUGCAAGCCAAAGACGACCAGAAAACGUAAAGCCUCCUCGAAGGUGGAGACGGAGGGAAUAAUAACUUCUUCUCAUUCCAGGCGUGCUUUAGAGUGUAAGGACUGUGGAGAGAGAUUUAGUGAAGUGUCUUCCCUGCAGGAACACAAGACGACAGUGCAUGUUGUGGAGAGUCCUGGUCUCACUUACACCAAUGGAAACAUCUUUGAAGGGGUCUCCAGGCUGGAUCUAGGCCAGCCUCCAGAGCGGCAUGAUGUGGCCAUUGGCGUAAUGAAUGCUGCUACAGAUUGGGACACUGAAGCCGAGAUGGGUGAGAUGGCAUUAGAAGACAAAGAGCGGAGUGUCUCUUUCCCAGCUUUGAAUCCUUCCCCCUCUUUACCUGUUACUGCUCCAGAUGCUGAAACGAGUGGUUAUGAGGAUAAAAGCGGAAGUACACCUGCAGCAGAAAUUGCACCGUUUAUGGAUAUUGCUAAAGAGCUUCCAGACCACUCUAGUCAAUGUCUUACCCCUCCAGAAGUUGUCUCACCAUAUCCCUCAAAGACUGAUCAAAAGAAAAUGUUUGAGUCAAACAGUGAUGACCCUCCACAUUUCACAUCUAAAACCUCUUUAAAUAUCUCUACCAAGGAAAUGGCUUCUGAGGCAGGUGAGCAUUUGACAUCAGAUGAGGACAAGUCAACAUAUCAAUCCAGUAGACAAGAUAUCACCAAGAGUCCCUUGGUUCCGAGCUCAGAAUCUGAAGUCCAGGGUACCGCAGAUGAAGACAUUAAGGAAGGCUUACUUCUUGAGGUAGAUUUAGUCACUGUUGGGGAGCAGAAUGACAGAGAUGACCUGACCUUGGCCCAAGACAGUGGUUCCCAAAAUGAGCUUGUUGAACCCUGCAAUGCUGAAAGUAGCAGCACCGACACACAACUACCUCCUGGUCAGAUUGAUAAUGAAUCAACAAGUGAAAUAAAAUUAACCUCACAGACUGUUUCAUGCUCUACACACGAGCCAGAGAUCAAAGAAGAGGAAGAAGAAAUUUUAGAGCAGCGAAAAGAAGAGGGAGUGAGAGGUGUGACAAGGAGGAGUGUUACGAGGGGUCGGAGACGAGGCACAGGACGUCUAAAAAAGGCUGUGUUGUCAAGGAAAAGUUCAGUCUGUGAUGAUGUCAGAGAAAAAGACCCAGUGAAAGACGUGGAUGAAUGUUGUAUAGUCUACCAAAAAUAUCCCCUCACCUCUAAUUCUGAAAUUAGUGAUGGAGGUGAGAUCAGCAAACUUAACCAUGCUCAGUCAACAUCCCAGAGUUCAGAGCCAGAAAUCAGCCCCAGAUUUCAGUGCGAUAGCGCCACUGCUCCUGCCACAUCUGUGCCUUCCAUACCUUCUUCAUCAGAGGAACCUCCUGAGGAGCAAGUGAUCUUUCAGCUGGAGCCUGUUACCACCAGUGUUGAGGAGGUGACAAAGUCAGAGGAAAGGCUCGGGCUGGAGGGAGCAGAGGAACAGGACAGAGAUAGUGGCCAGUCUCCAGGCAUCAUAAUUGAGAGGAUCCUUCCUUCAACACAGAAAGAGAAUGGUGACAAGGAGCAGGGCUUGGUGGCAAUUAGGAACAAUAAAAGACAGGGUUUGGAUUGUGAUGCUGAAACUGAAGUGGUGUUCAGAGAAGUCCCAAGAGGCCAGGAAAUCAAGGUUGAAGAGAAUAUCUCAGAUCCACCAUUGGUUAUACAAAGUUGUCAAAGCAGGCAGAGAACAGGCCUGCAACCACAGCACCAGCAUGACAUAAGGACUGUGCUCGUGAAGCAAGAGACUAGCCUCAGUCUGAAUGAUGCUCAGACUGCACAGGGCAGCAGACACAUCCGCUGGAAUGUGGAGCAAAUCAACACUGAGAACACCUCUGGGCCAGGUCUUUUUUUGUUUUCUGUGAUAGAGAGCGAGGAGAUGACCAGGGACUCCAGCAUGGCCCCAGACUUCAACACCAACCAGUGCAUUUUCUACCCAGUGAAGGAGGAGGAGAGGGAGGUUCUCCUGGGAGCCUCUCAGAGUGACAGUAGUACUUUAACCAUGGGGGUGUCUAGUAAUGCCAGGCCUGGCGAUCAGGCAGAAUAUCAGCCAGCCAGUAGUAGUCUUCAUGAAGGGAGCCAUCCCACAGAAGAUUACCAGGAACCCAGAGUGAGAGGGGUCCUAUCAAGAGCUGGGGUUACUAAUUUUGCAAAUACAGAAGGUGAAGCAGACAUUGCAUGGCAGGAUGCAGCAGAGCUUCGGGACUUUCUUCUCCAGAGUUCUGAUAGUGAGGACCCGGAUGUUUCGGAGCUAUCUGAUCCUCAGCUCGACUCAGAAGCAGAAGUUAUGGCCUGCUACUACAAGAACCAAAGCAGCGGUCCACCACAGCCAAUUGAAAUGUCACACAACUUGCCAACCUCAGACAGCCACCUCAAUUCCCAUGUGCAGAGAGAGGGGAAUAGGAGCAGAGAGCCCAUUGAUUAUUUCUCCAAGUAUUUUGGCUGGGAUACCUGGGUAGAAAUUGCCCAGUGCACAAAUAAACAAUCCAACAUGCUCAACCCUGUCACAGCCAAAGAGGUUGCACAAUUUGUUGGGAUCCACAUUGCAAUGGGAACACUGAAGUUUCCCAGUCUGAAGCUCUAUUGGCAGGACUUCACAAAGGUACCACUGAUUGCUGAAGCCAUGCCGCUCCCCCAGUUCCUCCAGCUUUCUCGCAAGUUGAAGCUAGCUUUUCCUGCAAAGGAUCCAAUCAAUAAUGUUAGAGUAGAAGGACAUAACCGUGACAUCCAGAAUGCACAGCACGCUACAACAGUUACUGGUGCAUUGAGGAGUGGUAACUAUAGCAGAAAUGGUCGAAUUUCUCUGCUUGGUGAUGGACAGAGCCAGUGGGACAAACCAAAUGAAGCGAACUCUUUGAGCAGACAGACUGAUGCCCUUUGGAAGGUUCAGCCCUUACUGCGCCGUUUCCAAGCAGGAUGCCAGUUGCUAAGCCGAGAGGGCGAUUAUGGAGUAGAUCAAUAUCCUCUUCCUUUGACGACCAGCAAGCUAAACAACAAGAAGUUUUCUCUCCACUGCACAACACUAAUUGGGUUUGGUGGUCUGAUCCUGCAUUUGGAUCUUAAAUUGGACCUUGCAGACAAAGAAGAUGCCGUAGAAAAAAUGGUUCCCAGAGGUAGCAUGGUGUUUCUUUGCAAACAGGAACUCUCUACGCCUGCAAUGCUGGAACGACUGCUACUUGCCGGAGUUCAUGGGGCAGGCAGGGUGGGAGGAGAAAGAGGACAGAUAGGAGAUGAGUUUGUGAGCUCAGAUGGGAAGUUGAUGUUACGCAGGUCACAUCGUGGUUUCAUACUUUCAACCGUAGGACACGGCCACAGAAACAUGGCAUCUCUCAUUGACAAUUUUGAGAAGGCCCAAAUGUCAGCUCGCCUCAACAGAGAUCUGCAAAACCUUUACCGUAUCCCGCUCAGCACCUCAGUCCCGACUUGCUGGCCUCAAGCCGUGCUGUGGUUCCUUACAGAUCUGGCUUUGGUCAACUCAUGGCUUCUGUACAGACAGAAUCAGGCGUCGGCGUCUGAACCUCUGACCCUCAUGGCCUUCAGGCUGGAAGUAUCUAAGGCUCUGAUCCUGUCCAGUGGCUCAGAUACCCAGGACUCGGCUCCUCCUCAACCUCCCACACAGAAAGCUCACACGACGAGUGAAACCCCCAAUCCCAGCCUGUUGGAGGAAAGUCCUCUUCCAGAUGCAGCCACGCGCUAUGAUGGCUCUGGUCACUGGCCAGAGCAGCUUGGGGAAGGAGAAGGCGGCAGGUGCCGUUUUGGAGGCUGUGAGAGAACAUCUCGAGUACUAUGCCUUAAGUGUUGUGUCUUUCUCUGUAUCUCACGCAACCACAACUGCUUCUUAAAUUUCCAUAAUCAAGGGAGUUUGGGAAAUGAGUGAUGUUCUCUCCAAAGCUAUCUGUUUACUUUUUAUUUAAUUUUAAAAAACCUGUCUUUUUGGUUUAGAAUGUAACUGUGCUUUUGAUGAUAAAUCUAAUUGUAAACCCAGCUAUUCGAGAAAGCUGUAUGAUCGCCUCUCAUUUUUCCAUAAUGCCUCUGUGGCAGUGUCAUUCUUUUCUAGGAUUAUUAUGCCGCAAAUGAAAUCCUUAAACGCUUUGUGAUGUGACUUGUUACGGUCUUCCUAAUGCUGUUUGUCACGUGCGAAAUGAAUUCAUUUUCAGAGGGAAAUGUGAAAAGAGUCAUAGCCAUACAAUUUGUGCUGGGGAAAACAGGAAGAAAGUAUGAUAUUGAAAUUGUGUUCUUCAUGAUGUUAUUUUUUAAUUUAUUUUAAAAUGAAUCAAUUUACAUUCCUUAUAUUGUUGAGCUUGUGUUUGGCUCUUUGAAUUUAAUAUUUUAAAUUUAUUUAUUUGACAUUCAUUUGCAAAAAUACAUGAAAGAUUUGAAG